AUGUUUCUUCUUCUUCUUCUAAAAUCAUGCUCCGAUUUUCCUCCAAAUUGUCUAGCAAGGGAUUCCAACACGAAACUACUAAACGGCCAUUGUCAGACCUUACUCCACAACCUGAAGAAGGAAAUAGAGGAAAAAAAGAAACUGAAGAUUGACUGUGAGGCUCUCCGGUUCAAAUUGCUCGACGCGUGUCACAAAAUCGAACUCCAGAACGCAGCAAAUGCUAGUGACGACGAGUGUCGGUGGAAGGAUGGGUAUGGCUUGAAGGACUGCACUUACAUGUCCAGAUCUGUUUACUCUGACCAUCGAGUGAAGAGCCCCUGUGCGCCCGCCAGCACACGCAGUUCACGGCCGAUGUCGGAGCAUCGGUGUGCAUCUGUCGAUGCGCGUGAUCACUUCCCUGCCGGCUCCUUCAUCUCCUCUGGUCCGUGGCUGUCGAACACGUCGGCGAGACGGUAUCGGAGCCUGCAGCACGAUCUAGGCAAACGGCGACCUUGA